UGCUCCUCCAUUCACAUCCGCUCGCCUCUCUAUCAAGCGCUGGGGGAAAAAGGACUUUGAGAAACUGCGGCGAUGUCAGUCCAGGUUGUGGCAGCGAAAAUGGCAGAGGUCGAACUCAAAGACGUCUCUGCCGGCAAAGCCCUGCCGGCCGAGUCCCCGGUGACGCCGACCUCGGAGGACAAGACCCUCGCCAGAAGCGAGCCGCAGAAGGAGGCCGGUUCCUCCGCCGCAGCCGCUACGUCUCCCGCCGCGGAGCCCUCCGCGAAAGCCGGGGAAGGCAGCCGGGGUUUGCUCACCCCGAGCGCCGCCAAGAUGCCACAGGCGUCCGCUCUGAAGCACUCGGAUCCGCAGCAGAACGGCGGAGACGCUUUCGUGAACCGUGACGGCACGGUCGCAGAGGCUCCGCGGAUGAAAAAGAUCCAGUUUGCAGACCAGAAGCAGGAGUUCAGCAAGCGCCCGUCUAAGAUCGGCCGGCGCUCUCUGUCCCGCUCCAUCUCCCAGUCCUCCACUGACAGCUACAGCUCAGCGGCGUCGUACACCGACAGCUCCGACGAUGAGACCUCACCCCGGGACAAACAGCAGAAGAACUCCAAAGGCAACGGAGACUUCUGCAUCAAAAACAUCAAGCAGGCCGACUUCGGGCGCAGAGAGAUCGAGAUCGCAGAGCAAGAGAUGCCGGCACUGAUGGCGCUGAGGAAGCGUGCUCAGGGGGAGAAACCCCUCGCUGGUGCCAAGGUGGUGGGCUGCACGCACAUCACCGCACAGACCGUGAGUGUGCUGAUGGAGACUCUGUCAGCUCUGGGCGCUCAGUGCAGGUGGGCAGCCUGCAACAUCUACUCCACCCAGAAUGAAGUGGCUGCAGCUCUGGCAGAAGGAGGUUUCAGCGUGUUCGCCUGGAAGGGUGAGUCAGAGGAUGACUUCUGGUGGUGCAUCGACCGCUGCGUCAACGUGGAAGGCUGGCAACCCAACAUGAUCCUGGAUGACGGUGGAGACCUGACGCACUGGAUUUAUAAAAAGUACCCCAACAUGUUCAAGAAGAUCAAGGGCAUCGUAGAGGAGAGUGUUACUGGAGUCCACAGGUUGUACCAACUAUCCAAGGCGGGGAAGCUGUGUGUUCCAGCCAUGAACGUCAAUGACUCUGUUACCAAGCAAAAGUUCGACAACCUUUAUUGCUGCAGAGAAUCCAUCUUGGAUGGCUUGAAGAGGACCACCGAUGUGAUGUUUGGAGGCAAACAGGUGGUGGUGUGUGGAUACGGAGAGGUUGGGAAAGGUUGCUGCGCUGCCCUGAAAGCCAUGGGCUCCAUCGUCUACGUCACAGAAAUCGACCCCAUCUGUGCCUUGCAGGCCUGCAUGGAUGGCUUCAGACUGGUGAAACUUAACGAAGUCAUCAGACAAGUGGACAUCGUCAUCACCUGCACAGGUAAUAAGAACGUUGUGGUGAGAGAGCACCUGGACCGCAUGAAGAACGGCUGCAUUGUCUGCAACAUGGGGCAUUCCAACACCGAGAUCGAUGUGGCCAGCCUGCGGACCCCUGAACUAACCUGGGAGAGGGUUCGCUCACAGGUGGACCACAUCAUCUGGCCGGACGCCAAGAGGAUAGUCCUGCUGGCAGAGGGCCGUCUGCUGAACCUCAGCUGCUCCACUGUGCCCACGUUUGUGCUCUCCAUCACCGCCACGACCCAGGCUCUGGCCCUGAUAGAGCUCUACAACGCCCCCGAGGGACGGUACAAGCAGGAUGUUUAUCUGCUGCCCAAGAAAAUGGAUGAGUAUGUGGCCAGCCUACAUCUCCCGACGUUUGACGCGCAUCUCACAGAGUUGAGUGAUGAGCAGGCCAAGUACCUGGGCUUGAACAAGAACGGGCCCUUUAAGCCAAACUACUAUAGGUAA